AUGGGAAAAUCGAAAAUCGCCUUAUGGCGAGAAAUGGAACAAUUUAAACGACAAAUGCUUUUGAAUCCCGGUUACGAACUUUCAGAGACUCAGGCACCGAGUUACAACCCUAUGUCUAUGUUUGAAUACCCACCAGACGAUGAAAACAUUAUGACCGUCGUCUUGCAUAAUUGCACCAUGGACCCUUCACCGGCUCCAGCAUCUCGAAAGUGUCGACGAAUCCGUAUCCGUUCUCCUGGACCUAUCGUUAAGGCCAUACCUGCGAAAGUCAGUCCUGCUGAAGCCAAGAAUGAAAGGACCAUCGGGUACCAGAGAAAACUGGAGGCUUUGGCCAACAAAUGGGCAAAGUUCUCAAAAACAUGUGUACCAAUUACCUUGUUUUUGUUGGUGAGCAAGGUGGCUUGCCAUCCACCGAGAUUGUUUCUCCAGUUGCAUUCGAUUGCCAUUGUGGUAGUGAAAAAGUACUUCUGA